CGUAUAAGUAGCGGUGGAAACAGUAUCGGUGAUUUGUGAAUAAUUUGUCGGACUAAAAUGGGAUCGACAAGAAUAUUAUAUUUCCUCUCCAUUGUUUUCUUCCAAGUUUCUGGCUUUCCGUGUAAAAGGAAAGAAAAUAUUUUUAAAAACUACAAUAUUUAUCAUACAAACGAUCUUCUGCACAGGCCAGAUCUAUCGAUGCAGCAACCUGGUCAGCUGUUAUCUCGAUUGCUACAUCAACCAGGAUUUUAUCGAACUAAUCACAUACUGAAUUCGUAUGACGGCUCGAAUCAAAUUUAUCAAAAUUCAGUUAACAGAAUCAACGAUUUUGAUCGCACAAUCAUAGCAACCGCCAGUGGAAUAGGAAACGGCGAUUCGUGGAAUUUGCUAAAUAAAAAAACAUUUCUUUUAGGCAUGAAUGACAGAUUUCAUAAUUUACUACAUAAAAGUACUUUUCCUGUCGAUCAUUAUCAUCCGUUCGGUUGGCACAGCAGGUAUCACGGUAUCCCUUACGAUACUCGUAACGAAGAUCACAUCGUUGUGAAGAAGCCAGCAGUGUUUUCUCAGGUGAUUCCGACAGUGCUGAAAAAGGAAGAUAGCAAAGUGAGUGACGUGGUGGAAGUAGGAUCUAAGUACGACGGUGUAACAGAGAAAAUUGACAAAACUACUACGGACGCAAAAUUUCAACUUUUAAAUAUGUCACUCGAGCCCGCCACAAAUAUUCCAAUUACAGAAGAUAUUCCAGAAACUUCAAAUGCUAACGAGUCAAUUACCGAAGAGCCGCAAACGUAUUCAACGAACGAUACGAUGACGUCACUGAAUCCAGCCGUUACGAAUUUGCCCGACACUGACGUAUCGGAAUUUUCGGAUACAACUUUUAAUAUAUUAUCGACAGAAAUGAUAACAACGACUGAGGACCUCGUUACAGAGAACGUGAACUCGUGUUUGUCAAAAAUAAUUUGCACAUUGAGGACUCUUUUCGAUGAGAAUUUCGAAGCGACAAAACCGACUGUCAUUAUGGACAGUCAUCCGGAAAUAAGCACGCAACGUAUCACAACCGAUUGCACAACGGCAACAUCAAUGAUAGACAGCUCAGAUAAUAUUUCUAUUCAAGGGGAAUUUGAGAAAAGCGAAACAACACACUUUGCACCUGAUGAUUUUGUCGCUGAUGAAUCGUCUGGGUUAGUUAUGCUGCUUACAACGGCCCAAUAUAUUCCCGAGGCAACAACGACGACAGCGCCAACUGCUGUUCACGUCGCCGAAGUUAUUGACAGUCUGUCCACUCUGUCAGGGACUUUAUCUGUCGUUGAUACACAUUCGGAAUCAACGCCACACGUCAGUACAAUUAACAUAGAAGAAGUAGCCACUGAAAUGUCAUCUAUUAUUGAUUUAAAUAUCGCUACUGAAGUCUCAAACACAGAAACAACAAUGGGAAUAUUAAUAGCGACGGAUUUGAUAUCAGACGUAAGUAGCACUGUAUUGCUUGACGACAACUAUGAACUGACUACAGCAAACGGUCCAACAGAACCAUAUGCCGAUGAGAAUUAUCUCAUUCAGCUAAUUCCUCAGGUGAUUAAGGGACUUAAAAAUGAUUUUAUUUCUGCCAAUGACAAAAAGACUUUAAGUAAACUUUAUAGAAAGUUGUGGCCUUAUCUUAUUGAGGAAUCCAAGAGGAAGGACGACGAGCCUAUGAACGAACUGUUGGCUAGCUUUCUUCAAAGUGCUGGCUUAGUGGGACAGGAGGAAAACAAAAAUUGGAGAGUCAAGAGAGAAAAUAGUUUGAAUUUUUUUCAAGAUACUAAAAGUUCUGAUCAUACAAAGAUUGCCAACAAUCCGAUUGUCCUGGAGGAUGUAUCGAAAUCAAUAGAAAAUUAUGGAUCAAUAGAAUUACCUAAUGUCGAAGAUUUCUUCGAUGAUAACAGUCAUUAUUUCCAAUUUGAUGAUGACCACGAGGACGAGGAUAUCCAGAAAGAUGAUAAAGACAAUGACCAUCGAUACUAUGACCUUUUCAAUGACCAUGAUGUAUUUAUUGAAAAGCCAUAUCUAUCGAUUUUCAAAGACGACGAUGGAAUCGAUUUAUUGGAAUCGCUAUAAAUAACAUCUGAUUUCGAAUGACUACUAGGAUUACAUUUAGUUUUAAAAUAUUGAAUAGUCAAGUAAAAUGAAAAUGACUAAUGUUAGAAUUUUAAUGAAAUAAGAAAUUAUUGAAAAUAGAAAAUGGUGCGGAAACUCGACGAAGCGCAAACGAGGUCAGAGUCGGAGUUUCAAAAUUUGCUCUCCGAUAUUCACUCCGCCCACGAAUAAUAAGUUUAGCCAUCGCUAUAAAUAAGAAAAAAUAUUAGCCAAGAGAAAAACAAAAAUCUGAAAAUAAAAAUUUUCCUAAAAUGUCACCGUCAGACCGUGAGAGAAAACUUGAAUUCGCGUACAGUGACGCGUGGCCCGAUGUUCUUUAAUGCUCAUCUCGAAAUAGACGGUUCCUCUUGCUCUUUUUUUUUAUUCGCCACAUCGCGCUCGGUAUUCCUCAUUACUUUUUUAUUCAGUCUCACCAAACGCCCAUACCUACUGUAAAUAUUGUUAUUCGUACGAAACUUUUAUUGGAUCUUAACGUUACAUAGAAACGACCUCAUUGUACCCAUAUAUUAGACACAGUCAUUGACUAGAAUAAGAAAACGAUUUUCUCACUGUUCAUUUAAAAAUUGUAUAUUAAUAGAAAAAAAAAGAAUUAAUCACAUCCGUUAUCGUACGAAAAUAUUCCGCUUAUAUACAGUACAUAAAUAAAUGAUAAAUUUUUAAAAUCAUCCAUUUAUACCGAAUCUACCUUAAUUAUAAUCCCACUUUCAAUCGUUCCGCAAUUCCUCCGCAAUUGUGUAGACAAAAACAUAAACUGGCUAAUAAAUAUAUUACACAGCUGA